GCGCGGUCAGGCCCUGCCAGGCGGCUCAGUCCCUCGUGCAGGAAAGACGUGUCCUCCCUGUCUGGAACCUUGUGUGCGGGCUCUGACUGCCCGGGCUGCCAGGGGGAAGCAUUUAAGGGUGGUACCGUGAGAAGCCGCUUGUAAACAGAGCCCGGCCUGAUGGUCAGCGGCUAGGCGGGCUGUCAUCCGGCAGCGGGUGGUGGGCUGCCGAAGCCGGUCCCCAGCCAGGAGUGCACUGCAGGCCCCGCCGGUGAAGGGAGAGUAGCAGCCGGUGACCCGGAAAUCAAGCACUUCCUGUUGUCUUCACGGAGAUCUCACUGAAAAAUAAUCUCAAAGGAACAUUUGUCUCCCCAUACCUCUGUUAGUGUCCAUUUGCAGCUAGCAAAUGUUUUUAAUGACCGGGAAAGCAUCAGCCACCUGCAUGUGCUUGGCCUGCUCCAGGCAGCCGAAUGAAGGUUUCUUCCAGUUUUUUGCAUAGCUCUAUUGCCGAAGCACCUCUCUUUGUUGGGUGAAUGUUCAUGAAGCCCUUUCUUGAACUAGCUUAGAAGGUGUAGGCCUCUUGGAGCCUGUGACAUGGAAGCUUUGGAAGUGGAUGAUAUCAGUCCGGCCUUAGAAGUUACUGAGGAUUUCUUUAGUACUUUGGACAGUAAGCUAGAAAAGGCUGUGCAGCACGCAGAGGUUUAUGGGAUCCAGGAAGUCCCUGAACUGGUGGGGCACGAGGUACUCAGCAACCUAACAGGCAAUGGUGCUAUGAGAAACGUUCCCUCGCUGGGCAAGGGGGGCAUGAUUUGGGACCACUGUAAGAGCAGGCUCUUAGAAACCAAAGCUCAAAAUGUCUUCCCUGCCAAAGAACAGUUUACGGUCCAGAGAGGAACAACCCCAGAUAACCUCUCCUGGAUGGAACAAAAGGAAGCAUCAACCUUUAAUUUUUUCAAUAUCUGUCAGCGUCGGAGGGACAGACCUCGUUCUGUGAAUGACUUACUGGAUGAGACCUCCUCUACUUUCAAGCCAGGGCACGCUCGGUCGAGAUCAGACAUCACCCACGUGGACUGGAGGACAGUCCUCACGACCACGCCACUGCAGCCCCAGCAGCAGCCGUCUCUUCAAGGCCCUCACUUCACCAGGCCAUCUUUUCUGUUGCCCUCACCAAAUAAGGUGGAAGAUGCUCAAGGAAAUACUGAACACAAACAGACAUUCCCAAACAUUCUCAAGAAGGGUUACCUGGAGAUUAGGAAAGACCACGACAGUUAUUGGCAAAGCUGUUAUGCAGAACUUUCACCCUACAACCUAAACUUUUACAGCCUUGACAACAGUGGGAAUCAAAACCUCUAUGCCACGUACCAGCUUUCACACUUCCAGAGCAUAUCUGUUUUGGGCAAUCUUGAGGCCAGGAUGGUGGAUACUGUUCUGUAUGACAACACCCAGCUCCAGCUUAAGGCAGAGUCACCGUGGGAAGCUUUGGACUGGGGGCAGAAGCUCUGGGAAGUUGUACAUGCUGCUGUGCCUGGUUACGUGGGACGGCAAGAUGACCUGGCAAACUCACCUGGGCUUGGUCAUCAUGUUGACUGUACUCAGAAUCAUUGUUUACAGAAGAAAUCCAAUGGGCUGCAGCCACCGUCCCCAGUCCUGGAUAGCCCCAAGCAGUACCAAAACAUCCUUAAAUCAGGGACUCUCUACAGGCUGACUGUCCAAAACAACUGGAAGGCAUUUUCAUUUGUGCUGAGCAGGGCCUACCUUAUGGCUUUUCAGCCUGGCAAGCUAGAUGAAGAUCCACUGCUGAGCUACAAUGUGGACGUGUGUCUAGCUGUCCAGAUGGACAACCUGGAUGGCUGUGACUCUUGCUUUCAAGUCAUUUUCCCCCAAGAUGUCCUCCGUCUCCGAGCUGAGACCCGGCAGAGGGCUCAGGAAUGGAUGGAGGCUCUGAAAACAGCUGCCAAUGCGGCAAGGAGUUCAGAUCAAAACCUGCAAGUGACAUUGAGGAACAAACCCAAGGAACAGAUGGGUGGGCAUGAACUCAGGAAGAACAAACGACAGUCCGUGACCACCAGCUUCCUGAGCAUUCUGACGACUUUGUCUUUGGAACGAGGACUCACUGCUCAGAGUUUCAAAUGUGCAGGAUGCCAGCGAGCCAUAGGUCUUUCCAACGGGAAAGCCAAAGUGUGCAAUUACAGUGGGUGGUAUUACUGCAGCACCUGCCACGUGGAUGACAGUUUUCUCAUCCCGGCUCGCAUCGUCCACAACUGGGAUACUUCUAAAUAUAAGGUGUCCAAGCAGGCCAAAGAGUUCCUGGAGUACGUGUUCGAAGAGCCGCUGAUCGACAUCCAGCAGGAGAACCCCCUGCUGUACCAGCACGCCGAGCCGCUGGCCGCGGUGGUGCGGCUGCGCCAGCGGCUGAAAUCGCUGCGAGCCUAUUUGUUCAGCUGCCGGGCAGCGGUGGCCGAGGAUCUGCGCCGCAGAAUUUUCCCCAGAGAAUACCUCCUUCAACAGAUCCACCUGUAUUCCCUCGCCGACCUGCAGCAGAUCUCUAUUGGCUGCAGACCUUGAACAUGACACUGCAAUUUCCUGGUGCCACACAUGAGUAAUAAGCAGCUGUUUCUGAAACUGUGGUUUGGAGAAGGCAGCACUAGGUUAUUUUUUAACUUAAUUGUAAUUUUUGAUUGGUCUGCAAGAAAGUAAAUCAAAUAAAGUCUGUUGUCUUAGUCUGCAAGAAAGCCAUAGGCCUCAAAUUCCAAUGGUGACCAUCUUGACCAGAAUAGAAGAAGGGGGAAAAUAUGUGUAUCCCUGAGCUGGAAGUUCACCCAGUCAGCUUUCGUGGGCUGCCUUCACACAAGAGGGUAAGCAUAUUUGGUGUAUUUAUCAGGGACUGCAUGGUGGAAAGUGAUAUUUGACAGUCCCUCGAGUUCUGGAAGUAGCUGAAAUGAUAGUGAAAAGAAAUUAUAGAGAGACUGUAAAAGUGAAAAAUAGCAAAAUCUGGAAGAAGAUAAUCAGCUUUAUGCUACAUUUUACCCUUGUCCUAUAGUGUGAUAAAAUGACAUAAUUUUAAGUUACAAAUGAAGUGUAUAGUUUUUGAACACUCAGUCAGUAUGACACCUCUGAAAUAGUCAUAUGUACACACUCUCCAAGUAAAUAAAUCAGACUAGUACCUUCUUUAGUGCAAGAAAUUAAAUUUAAUGGAAAACAGAAACAAACUCUUUAGCCCUGUUUUGGACAUCUGCCUUUUCUCAGGGAGAUAGGGCAAUUUGGUAUAUGGAGACAAAGGAGGUUGAGUGUAGGGGAGUGAGGCUACAGGAGAAGAGCUACACAUGUUUUUUGCUAAUUACUUUGUCAUGAUUUUGUUCACAUAGACAUGCACUCUGAGGGAAAUAAAUAGAGAUAACUAAAACCUCAUCUCAGAGGUCUAUUUCACCAUCAUUCGUGACAUAUCCAAAUGACCUCCUGGGUCAUUAACUAAAACCACUAGUCUUUUAAUGCUAAAGAUGAAAUGUCCUUCUGACUUUUGAGGGCUUGUUAUAAAGUUAUAUUAACCUGUGACUAAUUUAAGUAAAAGUAGGAAAGGAAUAAGAAAGGCAAUUUUUAGCUGUUGUUAAAAUGUUAUCUUACAUGAGUGAUUCAAAUCAAGUUUGAGAUGUGUUAAAUGUCUUUCCCCCCAGCAUUUUGGCCUUAGCAAAACAUACUUCUCCCCAGUAUAUGUAUAUAAGCCCUGUUCUCUGACUUACAGCAAUAUCAAAAGAAAUUGAUCUGACUGGUUUAUAUUAAUUUCUACUGGUCCCAUCCAAACAGAAGAACACUUAUCUGCCUCUAAAAAAUGAUAUAUGAAGGUAUGACCUUCAUACCUUUUUUCUUUCCCUCUGCCAUAAAUCUCAAGUGUUUAAAAGGAGGCAUGAGUCUCAAUCAUAGAAAAGUUCUAUUUAGAUUAAGACAAGCUAAUAAUAUGUUAUUAUUUAUUGAUCACUUGCUGUAAUCAGAUGUCAUUAUGUUAAAUCUGAUCCUUCCCUCAACCCUGCAAGGGUAGAUAUCAUCCUCAUUUUUCAGUUAAGGAAACUGAGACUCAAAGAAGUUAAGUAACUUGCCAAAGUCUCAUAGCUAGAAAAUGGGUGAGCUAGAAUUUGUCCUCAGAUCAGCCCUGCUUUUUCCAUUCUAUCCCACUGCUUCCCAAUAUCCAGAGACAACUAAAUUCUGAUGGGGUGUCAGAAGUUCCAUAGGUUCAGCCCUUCUGGGAAACUCCCUAAUGAGUUAAGCUACUACCCACUGGAAGAAUACCCCAACUUAUUGAGAAGCAAAAACUAUAUCAUAUUUAGAUUUUUUUAAACAACCUUUGGCCAGUUUUAUUAAGUUUUAUGGUUUACUUUGUCUUAGUCAGUCCUGGCUUGAUCUCAGAGGUAGGAGAAUCCCUGGAUCAACUCUAGCCUGGGUACACAGUUUGUAGGACUUUUCUCCAUGCUAGGCCUCUUGAGGACCAUUGUCACUCUAGCAUGGCACAAGAGUUUAGGGUUGACAUAGCAGAGUUCAAAUGUCUGACUUUCCUCAGUGUUGUGCACUCGUUGACCAUUUGACAACUGGGACAACUAGCUAUCCAGAAAAAAUAUGUGUGUGUGUGUAUGUGUGUGUGUGUGUGUGUGUACACAUAUACUUAAAUAAAUUUAUUAUAAGUUGUGCUGAUAUAAAGGAUGUUUAAUACACAUUUACAAAUAAAAACAUAAUACUUUUUAUUGUGAAUUCCAUAUAACAAAUGAAAAAAAAAAAGUCCCAUUUGACUUUGUCUCACCAUAGUCAUUUUCCAGAUUCAAUGGCAUCUCAGCAGCUCUUUUCUACUCAUCGUAAUUGGUUGGAGCCUGAAGGUAGUAGGCUCCUCAGGCUUUGAUCUUGCUUGAGGCCACCAUUGUCCUAAUGUUUGUGGAAUAUGGUCUUAACUGUCAGCCCCCACCAAGAUGGCUAGGAAGUGGGAAUGAAAGAUGCAAGGUUCUUGGGGUGCUGGAGGGGAGGUGGUGGGAGACAAGACAAUUGAUUUAUUUUUGAGCAAUUAUCCAAAAUAAAUGUAUAUCUGGCUUUUAAAAAGAACCUUAGGAGAUAUCACACCUGGAGCCAACUUCUUCAUAGUGAAGAAACCUCUAGAACGGAAGCCAGAAUGUCUGGGUUCUGUUCCCAAUGCUGCUAGUAGUUGUAUUCAAAGACAAGAUUUAAAGCUUUUAAAUAUAUCUUUAUCCCUGGAAAAUUAUAAAGUUUUCCCUUCUAUAAUAUUAAAGGAAUGUUUAUAAAUUCUAAAAUAAACUUAAGACUAUUACCUCACUUUUCUGGAGGAAAAACGUCUAGUAGCUUCAGCCAUUUGGAACAUGGCCAUGAACCUAAGCUGACAAAUGAGAAGAGCUGUUAAUCAAGUAUAAACAAGAAAAAAGGGUCCCAGAAUAGCUGAGCUACCACCAGGUCCAUGCACUCUUUAUGUCCCUCCCCAAAUCACACAGCAGAAUGAUUGAAAAUGUGUAUGACACCAAGACAGCCCUAAGAUAGGACUGCUGACAGCUAAGGGAGAAGACAGAAAAGUAACCUUGGUCAGUCAACAAGAACUCAAGUGCCUGGCAGAGAUGGGAUAUUUAAAAAAGUAUGAGGUCAUUGUUACAUGGGUGCAUAUAUUUGCAAAAUGAAUGUGUAAAAUGUGUACAUUUUAUUAAAUGCAAAGUAUGUCUCAAUAAAGUUGAUUUUAAAAUUAAAAAAAAGAAAUAUGAGACUCAGUCUUUGCCCUCAAGCAAUUUAUAUUCUCUUAGGUUGCCCCAUAUAAAAUUGCCAUGUUUAUGGAUAAGAAUUGUCAAAUGUCAUCAUUUUUAAAUAUUCAAUCCACAAUUGGAUAAGCAAAACAAUCACAUAUUAAAAGCAAAGAGUAGAAAACAGCACCAAGUUCCAUGUUAAAUUAUGGAAGAGAUCUCUGUUACCACAGAGAUCUAUGGUAGCUGAAGUAACCAAAGAUGGCUUUCCAGAACAAACCAGAAUAGAUGCAAGCCAGGAGGUCUACGUGAAAUUUAAAUAAGAGUUAAGAAAAGAAGUAAAACUCCAGAUAAAGGAAAUGAUAUAGGUGAACACACAGGAACAAAAGCGUGCAUAUUCUACACAGGGAAAAGUUUGCUUAUAACAGAAGAUGGAUACUGAGAAAUGGAAAAUGGGUUUGGAAGGAUAGUGUGAAAUUAACUUGUAAAGAUUGCAUUUUGCACACCAGUCAAAAUAUAAGCUCCAUUUUGUCUAGUUGACUGUCAUAUCAAGUAUCUGGGACAUAGUAACUCAAUAUAAUUUUAUGAAAUGAAAGAAUAAAGAGUUUUGAUUAAUGAUAAAAUAAGAAUUCACUGAAGUUUUGAGGGAAGAGAUGACAUGUGAUUAAAAUGAUGUCUAAAACUGAUGAAUAUGUAAGCUAGAUAGAUCAAAGGAAAAAGAUGGGUAUCCAGAAAUAAAACUAGAGUAUUUUGUUGAUCUAGAAAAGGAUGAUGAGAAUUCAGGGUAGGAUGGAAAAAAGAAACUUACACUGAAGGCAUUUAAAAGAGAAUCAACAUAAACUUUGAAAACUUUUUGCUAAGUGAAAUCCUUUGACAAAGGACCACAUAUUGUAUGAUUCCAUCCAUGUGAAAUGUCUAGAAUAGGCAAAUCUAUAAAGAUAGAAAGUAGAUUUGGGGGCUUCAGUGGGGAGGGUAGAAGGGAAAGGGGAAGUGACUACUAAUGGGUAUGGGUUUUCUGGGGAGGGUUAAUGAAAUGUUCUAAAAUUGAUUGUAGUGAUGUUGCACAACUCUGAAUAAACUAAGAACCAUUGAAUUGUAGACUUUAGGUGAAUUUGCAUGGUAUGUGGAUUAUAUGUCAAUAAAGCUAUUAUUUAAAAAGAGAGAAGAGGAGCCAAUCAAACAUGGUGAAUGACAGGAUAUAUGUGUUUUGUGGAGAAAAUAAGUCACUCACUAUAAACUCCAUAAUUUCCAGUUUGAUUCUCAUUGAAAUAAUAAGAAUGGCCACUAACACCAUUAUUAUUUAAUAUUGUUUCAGGAGCCCUGGACAAUGCAAUAAGACAUGAAACAUAAACAAGAAGCAUAAUAUUAGAAAGAAAGAAACCAGUUAAUUACUUUCAGAACACCUAAAAGAAUCAUUUAAAAAUGAUUAGCAUUGAUGAAAAUUAAGUAAUAGGGUCAUAUGUAAGAUGUCCACAAAUGUCAGUAUAUUCUAAUAUACCAGCAAGAGCUAAUAAGGAAAAUGUUAUACAAAAGUUUACCCUUAAAAUAACCUAAAUAAUAAAUGUGAGUAGAUUAUGCAAGAAAAAAAAACAAAUUUUUAUUAAGCAAUAACAAAGAUGUAAUAAAAUGGAGAUAUGUAUCACAUUCUUUGAUAAGAAGACUAAAUAUUAUAAAGAUAUCAAUCCCUGAAGCUUAUUAAAGUCCCUACUUAAGAAUAAGUGUACAUUGCUGGCAGUGUAAAUUUGGUGAAAUAUUUCAAGAGCCUUCAAAAUGUUCAUAUUCUUUGUCCUAGGAAAUCAUCUAGUUAGAGAAAAAGCUUUAUGCAAAGAUACUCAGGCUUCUCCUUUAGAUCCUGGAUAGUAAUUCUCAUGUCUUCCUCAAGGUCUUCUUUUCUCAUUCCCAGUUUCUUCAAACAACUUUUACUCACCUGGUUUCCAGGCUGUUCUAUAUCCUGGUUGUUUUCCCCUAAAUGAGCUAUAGCUUGUUAGUUCCUCUCUUUAAAUGUGUCAUUAGCCUUGAUUGUUUAGGGAAGAGUAAAAUGAGGAAAACCAAACUCAACUAAAGUAUUAUCACCACAACUUAGAAACAACCCCAUGGCACAUUGGAAAGUGUUUACUUGUGGUUGGAUAUAUGAUUUGAUAGUGGUUAUUUCUUAGAAAGUAUGUGUCAUGGGUUGGUAUUAGGAGCAUGCCUUACUGGGGGUUAUUGGAGUUAAUGGUCUCUCAGAGAACAUAAAUAAAAUGUGGUCUCUCUAUGGCUUCCUAAAGGUAGUGGAGAGAGGAGAGUAAGUUGAAGAAUGGUGGAAAAUGUACUUGUUUGACUGAAAAAACAGCCAGGAUGAUUUCUACCCCCUUUACUAAGAAAAAAAACCCCACUCUUACAGAGAGUAAACCUGAUUUUUCUGUUCAUCUUCUGCAGUUGAAUGCAAAAUUAAUAUACAUUGUUUUUUAAAUGCAAAAACACAACUGUAUACAAAGUGACAGAUGUGCUCAUCUGACUUGUUCCCCUCCCUAGAAUUAACCACUGUUAUAUUUAUUUCUAAAAUAUUGUGGGAUUGUUCCAUAAUGUUUAAAAACCACCUCAGGUUUUUAAUCUCCAGUAUUAUAUAUAGCUUAAGUUUUUACAAAAGACAUGAUUAUAUUCUUUGUAGUCUUUUAUUUUUGUAUUACCAGUCACUACUACCUACUCACCUAGACAUUGUAAUUUCUUUUUAGGUAUGAUUUACUAUUUUUCUCUUUGAUGUUAUUUUUAUGUAAAAUUAUAAUUUUAACUAUGUAUUCAUUGGAAAGAAAGUAUCCAGCUAUUUCCAGUUAUUUCCAGCUAUUUACAAAUUAAAUUUAAUCUUCAAUUUUUUUUUCCUUAUAUCAAAAUCGGCAUGUGUAUGUAGAUGCAUUAAUGAGAGUGAAGUAAAGGCAGAUUUUAUCUUCUUAGUGUGUGAAAUGCUGAAGUAUUUGAAGCCCCUGGCUCUCAGUUGAGUGAGGAGGGUUCUGACCGACCUUGGGUUCCAGACUCAUGGAAGUGUGUCCAGCAACAGGUCGGGUAACUGUGGGAGGCAGGAAGAUGCAAGACACCCGAGCCUGGUGGGUGCAGUGGUCCAGUGGAGAGAGCACGUGCCUCCUUGAGAACAAGCAGCCCCUACACAGGGCCAGGAGAAUAAUCAUGUUCAGGCCUAGCUUUGCUAGAUCUUCUAAUUUUUCAAAAGAACCCAAAAAGUCUGGAUUUUAAUGUGAAAUCUCCCAAUUUUUAAAUUGGCUCAUUUUUGUUUAACACUAUGAGUUUUUUGGAAACAAAAAUCUACAGGCUGAAAAUGGCCCUCAGACUGCCAAAUUACAACUUCUUUAUAUUAUACAUACCAGUGGCAAAAGAAACCCACGUUUCCACAUUUGCUAUGUGUUCUUGGGGGAGAUGAUAAAAAAAUCUAUCCCAUUAAUUCAUCUAAGAAAAAGAUAUUACUGAAUUUACAACAUAAACUUAUGUGUUCAUAUUUACUAUGUAUAUUUUCAAUUAUUUUGGAAAACCUGCAACACUCUUCUUACAUGACAUCGUAACUAUAAAGUUGGUCUAUGAAAAUAGGGUUCCCCAUUUUUUUGUCCUCAGUGCCCUAUACCACACUAUAAAUAAAGAGGAAUACAAAAGAAAUUUCAACAUCUUCAUUUUCCAACCUCUAGUGGUUAAACCAGAACGUUCUUUUGGAGCAAAAACACUAUGUCUUUUCUUCCUCAGAGUUGCUGAGAAAUUAUAAUUAGAGGUUUUCCUGUUGUGUAAAGGAAAGGAAUUCCUUUGCUUUCCUGUGUCUGCAAGACUUCUGUUCUCAAUGAAUUUGCUUCCCUGUCCAA